GUUCUUGAAGAGACGGGAGAAGAUAACAGCAAGUUUGAUAUGCUCGUACCAACCAUUGUUUACCCACGUUCCUCCAUAGAGCACACAAUGACUGCAGAGGAACUAAGUAAUAUUGAGAAGCCAGGUGUACAGCUUGGUAUUGUACGACAGUUUACAUUUUCCUCUAGUCUACAGAGAAUGUCGAUGAUAGUGCGGAGGAUUGGUGGAACACAGUUUGAGAUGUUCUCUAAAGGUUCACCAGAGAUGAUCACAUCAUUGUGUCAGCCUGAUACAGUUCCAAGUGAUUUUCAUGAAGUGCUAAAAUCAUACACGCAACAUGGUUACAGAGUUAUUGCCCUUGCCUGGAAGGAACUUCCCAGUAAAUACAACUAUGUCAAAGUUCAAAGAGUUCAAAGUCUUAUGGAGUUCAUAAUUCCUUGUUUAAUUUCCUUAAUAUUUUGUUUCUCUGAAAUGGGAGAGGACUGGAGUAGAGAGUGGGAGAAUUUGUUUCCAUAUUGGACAUAUUGUAUAAACUGUACCUUGCAAGCAUGUUUACUUGAACUAGGACAGUCACUCUUUAAAAGUGACAAUAUGUUGACAGCCAUCAGUGUGGCACAUGAUUGUAAAAUGGUUGGGUUAACAGACAAGAUAGUUCAUGUAGAGGCUCAUGUGUCAACUAAAGACUCGAGUUUACCUCAGAUGUGGUUUGUCCUAGAAGAUGAUAAUGCUAAAAUUGCUAAAGAAAAUUUGUUUAACGAUGAAAAUGAAGCUACUGGAAUACAGAUAGAGGGAGAUAACUCUAAUAUAAAGUUUGCCAUGUCAGGUAAAUCUUGGGAGAUUAUCAGGCUUCAUUUCCCAGAACAACUACAAAAGAUCCUAGUAAGAGGGGUAGUUUUUGCACGGAUGUCACCAGAACAGAAGGCACAACUUGUAGAAGCUUUACAAAGUCUCGGGUAUUUUGUGGCAAUGUGCGGAGAUGGGGCUAACGAUUGUGGUGCUCUUAAGAUGGCCCAUACAGGGAUAUCACUAUCGGAAGCUGAAGCCUCAGUUGCCUCCCCUUUCACAUCGAAAAAUCCCAAUAUUGAAUGUGUUCCAACUGUUAUAAGAGAGGGUAGAGCAGCUCUUGUGACAUCAUUUGGUAUAUUUAAAUAUAUGGCAUGCUACAGUCUCACACAGUUUGUCUCUGUGCUUAUUCUAUACAAGGUACAGUCAAACUUGACAGACUUUGAGUUCCUGUAUAUUGACCUGGUACUUCUAACAACCCUGAGUGUAACAUACGGAAGAACAGAAGCUUAUCCGAAGCUUGUGAAGGAACCGCCACAGUUACGACUGACAAGUCCAGCUCCUAUCAUGUCAUUAAUACUACAGACACUGAUACAGAUAGCAGCUCAAGUUUUCUGUUUCCUUAAUGUCCAGCAACAACCAUGGUUUCAAGCACAUGUUCAUGAGGAGGAGUAUGAUUAUGCCAGUUAUGAGAACGUGGCAGUUUUCUCUGUAUCUGUGUUUCAGUACAUCAGUCUUGCCAUAGCCUUCUCCAAGGGUGCUCCCUAUAGGAAAAAUAUGUUCUCUAAUUAUUUGUUUUUGCUCAACAUUGUGCUGUGCUUUGCCUUUAGUUUUUGGCUAACUGUGUAUCCUUUGGACUGGAUGGUGGAAUUCUUUGAGCUUGAGCCUCCACCCAGUGUCACAUACAGACUGGUGUUCUUUGGUGUAGCCAUCAUCAACUGCUCUCUGUCUAUCAUACUUGAGACAUUCCUGCUUGAUCAUGCUGUAAUCAGAGAGAAAUUCAAACGAUUUAAGGAACGAUGGUUCCCAUCACUAAAGUUUGAGUACAGUGCAAUAGAGGAAGAGAUCGUAUCAACACCUGGCUGGCCACCUGUCGGAGGCGACCCAAUCACGGCCAUAUAUAGAGAAGAUAUCAGUUUCACAGAUAUGUACGCGCAAGAGACGGAUAAAAUGUUACCCGGAAAUACAGAUUCUAAUAAUAGCUCAGCAUAUUGCUCGACACAAUCAGUAGGGAUUACACCAAGGACUUCGACAAGUGAAAACCCCUAUAUAUCUACCAGUUCUGUUGCCAGCAUGUCAAAAAGUUCAGCAUCGGAUAUUCCCGAGGGAAGAAAAUACACAUCCGGUACCAUUUCAGAAAGUGCCGAGUUGGAAAACAAUUCGAAUGACAAUGGAGAUAUGGGUGACACUAUGGAGUGGACUGGAAGCAAAGAAGGGUCUCAAUUUUUUGAAGCAACCAGAUAAUGUUUGUAAGAUGAUUGUUCUACAAAAAAUUAUUUCUAUGAUUAUUUAAUGUAUUAUCACAUGAUGUUCUUUUAUUUAACCAUAUAGAUCAUGUAAACAAGCACACAUCAAUGCUGAAGUAUUGUUUUAUUUUUAAUUUUGUUUUAGUUAUGUAUCACAUAAGUGAUCAAAUUUUGAAGUAUUCUAUCACAAUAAGUCUGUCACAAAAUCUACUUCAUAUCAUAAACACCCCAUUUGCCACCCCAUAUGUCUUUCAAUAUUUGAGCUUUCCAGAAUAAAUAUCCAAUAUGUAACAAUGUAUGUUUUUUUUAUUAAAUUUACAAAUAUUAUAGUUAUGUCAUCUACUAUUGAAUAUGAUAUUUUGGUUAUUCACAGGUUUUUGUGUUUUUUUUUUGUUUUUUUUAAACAAUAUUUCUGGCAAUGCUUAAUCCAUUUUACAGAUUUGAUGUGAAGUGAUUAAUCAGUAAAAACAUUGAUAGGUUGUAGAAUAUAUAAUAUAUAUUCAAAGUUUUCAGAGUUUCCUUUAUGAAAAUUUGGCAGUUUACUAUGUUCAUCAUAAAAAGCAAAAUAGUUUGUUUUUAUUACUCAAUUACAAAACUAAUUCCUUAAAACUAACAUUAUAGCCUAUAUGUUUAGGUAUAUAACAUAGGUUGCUUUUUCCUACAUGUAUAGUAUAAUAGAAAUGCUUACCAAAUAAUGGAUAUAUAAUUGUACUUAAAGUUAAAUGGUCUAUAAUUGAAGGUCUAUCAUAAUUACUUUAAUAGUAUUUAGUAUCAUACAUUAACAACAAACCCAUGAAAAAAUUACUAUAUAUGGAAGUUGUUGGCAAGUGUGAGAUACCUGACCUGAUAUAACAUAUUUUUAUAUUGCAGAUAAUAAAAUGUUCUGGACAGAACUUUUUCAACGUUUUUCUUUUUUAAGCAAUAUUUUAUAAGAAUAUUCAAAUGAUAGUGUUUCUAUUGUAUUUAACAAUAUUUGAAGUAUUUAUGGAAAAUGUGCACAUUGUAGGCCCAUCCACUUUAAUGUUUUGUUUUCUGUUUAUUUGUGGUAGUAUAUUAAGAUAUAUUGCCUUGUUUGCCUCAUGUGUAAUUGGAUAUGCUUGACAAAUUAAUGACAUAUUUAUAUAUUAAUAUGCACAAUUGCCUGUUCUUUUAUGUACUGGAGUUAUAGCACUAUUGCUUAUAUAUGUUCGAGGGCGACAUUCCCUGUUUAAACCACAAAUCUAAAAACACAUUUAUGUAAGGCUUGUUUGUGUAUGCUUCAAUAUAUAACCCAUGAGUCUUGAAAAGCCUUGUUGAAAUAUUUAAUUUUGUAAAAUUUGCUUAAAAACAAUGCUUCCUAUACAGGUUUCCAAAUGUGAGAUGGAAACGUUUUUCCUGUAGCUUUUGAGGUAACAGGCCAAAUUAGCUUUUGGGUCAGUACAGUUUUAACCAGAAUUUGUAUAGAGAAAUUGUGGAUUACUGGUAAAUUAUCCAGAAAAGGCAGUCAAAAGUAAGAUAUAACCAAAUGAUGUUGACUUUGACGGAAAAAACAAAUUUGUAUGGUUGCUGGAAGUGAAAGAAAAUGGUUUUAAUCAAACUACAAUUAAAUGAAAUCCUCGCAUGUUAUUAUUAUUAUAAUUAUUAUUAUUAUUAUCUGUAUUAAAUCAUUUUGACCAUGACUGUAUGUUAUAAUGUAAAAAAGGUUUUAUUUUAUAUUAACUAAAUGAAAAACAAAAUAUAUUUGUUUUCAUUUUUUUAGGAAUUGAAAUUACUCAGAGUUUGAAAUUUUAUCAGUUUUGAUCUCAUUUAUCAGGUUAAUGAUACUCAGUCUUGGUUUUUAAAGAGUUAUUGCCCCUUUUUGUCAUGUUAGGUUUACUAAGAGUUAUUGCCCCUUUUACUAGUAUCAAGCCUUUGGGUCAAGUAGGUUAUAGGGGGCAUACUAAGCAAUUUUUACAGGACAUUAUUUUUUUGUAAUAUUUAUUUUAAUAUAGAUUAAAGAGUUAUUGCACCUUUGUUUACACAGAGUUAUUGCCCCUUAUUUGUCCAAUCAGUUUCAAACCUUUAGUUAAACAAAAAGUAUGAAUAGACAUGGUUAGGUAGGCUUAAUAAUUAGUUUUAAACAAUACUUUUUUUUAUGGUAUUUAUUUCAAUAUAUAUUUUUUUUAUCUUACAAAGUACCAUAUUUGCGCAUUUUUGCCCAUUUAGUAAUUUAAUAUUUUUGUUGGGGAAAGUUAACAUCUGGAAUAAAAUUACAUAUUUUUCUUUAUAUUGAUAUUUUUUAUUUAUUACCCUUGUAUCCAAUUUGUAUAAUGUACUUUUGGGUGGGUAAAUUGGGGGAAUGGGGAUACAUGUCUGUUUUAUAUAACAAUUGUUCUUUUUUUUUUAAUUUUAAUUUUGUUUUAACUGUUUCUUUUUUGUGUGUUAUUAAUAUUAAAAAUAUCCUGCUAAAUUCCAAAGGUAUUAAUAUAUAUUUUGUGUUCUAUUAGAUAUAGUAGUGUCACUGCCAUAGUUCUGCAUUUAGAUAUUUAGUGUCCUGAUACCAUGUGGCAUGAGUUAUUUUAAUUUGUUGAAAAUAAUAUGUAAAUAUUAUGUGAUUAUUGUAAAUCGUUUUUGAGGGUAGACGAUUUUUUAAGGGGGAAAUAAUUAUGUGUAGCAGUUAAAUGACCAAUUUAUUUGAUUCUGAAUGUUUUAAUGUAAAUGGACACAAUUCUAUAAAACCAUUUUGAUAUAUAAGUAUAUUUGGGCACUUGUUGUAAGUUGAUGCUGUAGUGUGACGGUCACAUGAAAAAAACUUACAUAUUAAUUAUGUAACUCCUCUUGCAAUACUUAAGUGUUUUCAAUCAAAACUUUCAUACAGAAUGUUUGUUUUCAAGUGACCUGUUAUAUACAGUGGGGAUUUUUGGUCAUUUUGAUAGAAUUAUACUCUUUGUAUACAUAUAUGUAAUAUUUUCCAAAUUCUGGUUUUGUAGCAGUUACCGGUGAAUGGAUUUUUAAUUGUAGUAUUAAACAUUGGGUAAAAGUAUAGUUAAAUCUUGAUACUGGUCAUAAAAUAUCUACCAUUUUGGCAUUAAUUUCAUAAAUCCUUCCUUUUUAUUUGCCUUGUUUUCCUUUUCGUGUGAAAGGUUUUGAAUUAUUGCUGCCUAUGAUAAGAAUAUUACUUGCAUUUACACAAUUUUAUAUAGAUGCUAAGGAUAUGUAGAAAAUGAUGAUUUACAUAAUGUACUAUUGUUUUGUUUAUUAUUAUUUAUCAUUGAUUUUAAAAGAAGAAAAAAAUGUUAUUAAAAAUCUAUACAAUAAAAUUAUAUUGAUUUGAUUCGAUGCAAGACUUUUUGUAAGUGUUUAGAUUUUGUUGUUACAGUAUUUGGUUUAAGAUAAUGAAAUUUAUUUUGCGGAAUUAAUGCAACAAGAAUGAAUAUUUUAAAUGUUUAUAGUAUGUAAUUACACACACCAGUUAAAUAUCUGACUGGCUACAGGAAGACUUAUUUUGUACACUUGCAGGACAUUUUGUCUAUCAUAAACCUUUAUGAACUUAUCUCAUAGACACAGCUUUGUAACAGAUGCUUACAUACAGUAUUACACUAAAAAGUGUGCCACCUUAAGGUUUAAGGUCUUAUUUAGUUUGCUGACGUUUAAGGGUGUUUGAAAUAAAUUAUCUUUCAUGAAAAAAAACCUUUUUUCCACUUGUUUGUUUAUACUAUCUUUAUUCAUAAUAUUUUUCGAUGUUGACAGUGAUUUUAUAAUUUAUUAAUAUCUCCUGUCACUAAACAAGUUCUUAUGACAUACUGAGAGCAUUUUAAGAGCCUCUCUGAGGUCAAUUCAGCUCAUUAACAAUUUGAUUUAAAGUAUAUGUUCAGUGUCUUAUAGAUAUUUUAGUAUGUGAAUGUUGCCUUUAUAAAAAUAUAUGAUUGUGUAAAUAGAACCCAUAAGCUGCGUGCCUCCAGAUGACCCAAAAUUGUUCAAGAAAAUCAACCUUGAGAAAAAAUGUACUAAGAUGUAAAAAAAGCUUUAAAUAUUCACAAUAGAUUUUGCAGUAUUUAUCACCAUACAUCUAGUACGUGACCUACGCACUCAGUACCUUUUUGCAAAUUCUGGCCUAUUUAUGGUAAUGGAUGGUAAUGUUCAUAUAUUUUAAGUGCGUUUGAAAUGGGUAAAUUACUGACUUUGUUCUCUUGACAACAUUUUACAUUUCAGUACAUUUUAAAAAAUUUCAUGAAAAUUAACAUGAAUCUGGAGGUAUGCUGCUUUACCUUAAAAUAUGACAAAACAUACUUAGUAUUUGAUGGUGUAUGAACAUAAUGGAUUUAUUUGCUUCAUAGCCAUUCACUUGCUUGUACGAGUUAUGAGUUGAGGUUAGUGUUGGUGUCACAAAUAUAUUCAGAACUUCAUAAAAUGUUGUAACUUUCUUAAAGGAACUCCACUGAGGUCUAUAAGCCUAAACACUUAAUUUUAAUUUCUUACAUAGAUCAGCUGGGGCAUUUCUAAAAGAAAAUUGGCAUAUGAUAAUGAUAUAUACACAGAAAUAAAUUGAAAAUCGUAUUUUUGUGCUGUUGUUAGCCUGAUUUGAGUAAAAAAAAAUUUGCAGUAAAAAUUCUGGAAAAAAGAGAACAAAUGAUCUGACAUUUGGCACACACGUUAUUGGUCUAGACCUACAUCACAUGGAACAUAAACCUUGAUAAAUUAUUUCCAGUCCAAACAUGUCAAUAAACCUUCGUGGAGUCCCUUUAGAAGAAUGAAAAUUUUGUAUUGUUCUGAUUCAGUUGAUUGGAUUAUUCUUCUACUUAAAAGUUGUUGCUCUAUAGAAAAGAGGUGAUAGUUUCAUGUCUAGAAGUUGUCUUAAAGGCUUGUUUUGCUUUUGUUUUGCUGUUGUGUUAUGUUUGUUUGGCUUUUGAUCCUUACCUUGCUGGGGGCACCUGAAUGCGAUCAGUGCAGACCAAGGUUAAUUGCAAUGACUCAUCUUAUAAUCUGUCUCGAAUAUCAGGAUUUUCAUUGGUCAAUAUACAUUCCGUUCUGGUUUCUGACCAAUCAGAUACCUGAGAUCUGAGUUCACACUAUUUAGUAAAAUUCUGUGGAUCAUGGUCUUCUUUGUCCGCCAUUCAGUUAGUCAUAGAUAUUCAGUACAUAGAUAUUGAACGAUAAGAUAAGAUAUUUAUUGAGAUAAGGGUUAAAAUGAAUCAAAAAUUGAAAAUUUAAUCAAUACUAGUUUUUGAGUUUAUGUAAUCUUAUUACAUUGUAAUGUUUUAAUAUGUUAGUUAUAGAUUUAUUUGUUCAUUAAUAUAGAUGAAACAAUGAUAUUUGAAUUAUACCUUUAGAUGAAAUUAGUUUUGUUGUCAACAACCUUUCGUCCUUCUUCAAUGGUCAUGUUUUUGUGAUACAAACUGAUUAUGAUUUUUUUUCUUUUAAAUUUUUAUAAUAGAACAUAUACUGCCAUUAAAUACUGCACUAUACUUUUCAGUAGAUUAUUUAUUGAACCUUUUCCGAUUAUUAUUAUUUUAACGAAGCAUUAUAUUCUAUGCAUUAAAUCAACUAUUUCUGCAUCAAGAGCAUGUGGCAUCAUUUUUUAAAAGAGCUUAAAUGCAAUUUGUUCAGGAGUUGUUUGUGUGUAAAUUUCUUUUUAAACUUAUUUAUUUUCUGUUUUAAAUUACUUUUGUCUGUUUAUUUGUAUAAACUUUUGAUUAUUUAGUAAUGAAGAGUCUUUACGUUAAACAUCACAGUUAUUAUCACAUUUCCUAUAAAAUAACAAUUGGUACCAAAAAUAUUUUUGGUUCCCGCUAAAUGCAAUGAUAAUUUUCACGUUAAUUUUAUAAAUAACAUAUUUAAAUGACAUUAUGUCCAUGUAAGCAUAAAUGGUGAGUGUACAGGUAAAAGUAAAUUAAUCUUUACAUUUUGCCAUAGCAGUUAAUAAUUUUGUAUUCUGCUAUGAAAAAAGGGCAAUAACCCAUGUGACUCGUGGAAAAUUCUAUAAAUAUCAUUCACUAUGUAUCUGUAACGUUCAAAUGAUAAAAAGAUUUGGGCAGUCUUUUUAUAUUUAAGGCCGUUUAAUACUUAUCCAAACCAUUUAUAUUAUUUAUUUUUGGUGAAUGACCAUAAAAUAAUAGUCAAUCUUUUGAAAUGAAUAUUUAAGAAAAACAUGAGCAUAAUGUCACUUUUAACUUUUAUUUAGGAAAAUGCUAAAGAAAUUUAAGGAAUAUUCUAGUAUAAUACAUCAGUAGCAAAAUAAAGAGCACAACUUUUAAGAUGUUGUAAGAACUGAACAAAAUAGUGGUGGGGUGGCCAGUGUCUCAUGUGCCGGACUAAUAAUCUAAGGAUUGCUAACCGCGUGGUUUCAAACCCUGAUGGGGCAAGCAAGAAACUUUACAUAUAUUGCUUAAUACUGGUUGGUUGCAUGAACAGAUUCAAGAGUGUUUCAAUAUACUUAUAGCGUCCAGCACAAUCAAACUUAAUUAAAUUUGUAGAAAGUAAAAGUAAAAUAUCUUUGCAAGCUUUGAUAAAUUGAUAUAUAUUCUAUAAUACUUAAACUAGCUUUAAAAUAAGAGUUAUUAGUUGACAGUGAUGCGUUAUUGAUAUCAUAUAUGUGACUGUAUUUUUUAAUUAAACUGUUUAAAUUUUA